AUGUUAGGUGUAGAAUUAUCAAACCUCCCAUAUUUAUACGCAAAGGUCAAUGAUCUUUUAAAUUCAGUGUACACCUUUGGUGGUGGUGAGGCAAAGCGAAUCUCGAGUUACGGUGUACCAUCACUUUGGUUUGGUUUUGCAUGCUACUUUCCUGAAUUAAGGGCAGAAUCUAGUCUAUUGAAGGAGCAUGUGGAAGCUCAAGUCAAGGAGCUCAACCAGUGGAAGCAACGUGUGGAGGAGCUUGAAGAGAAGGAGAGAGUGGCAAAUGAAAAUGUAGAAGGGCUUAUGUUGGACAUUGCUGCUGCUGAAGAAGAAAUUACAAGAUGGAAGGGUGCUGCUGAGCAAGAAGCAGCUGCAGGCAAAGCUGUUGAACAGGAGUUUGUUGCACAGUUGGGAGCUGUACGCCAGGACCUCGAGGAGGCAAAGCAAGCAAUAAUUGAGUCCGAGAGAAAGCUGAAAUUCAAAGAAGAAACAGCAGCUGCUGCUAUGACAGCAAGAGACGCAGCUGAGAAAUCAUUGAGAUUGGCAGAUUUAAGGGCGUCUAGGCUGAGGGACAGGGUGGAAGAGCUAACUCAUCAGCUUGAAGAACUUGAUAUCCGGGAUACCUCAAGGACAGGCCUAAGCAGGCCUAGAUAUUUGGGAGCUGUACGCCAGGACCUCGAGGAGGCAAAGCAAGCAAUAAUUGAGUCCGAGAGAAAGCUGAAAUUCAAAGAAGAAACAGCAGCUGCUGCUAUGACAGCAAGAGACGCAGCUGAGAAAUCAUUGAGAUUGGCAGAUUUAAGGGCGUCUAGGCUGAGGGACAGGGUGGAAGAGCUAACUCAUCAGCUUGAAGAACUUGAUAUCCGGGAUACCUCAAGGACAGGCCUAAGCAGGCCUAGAUAUUUGGGAGCUGUACGCCAGGACCUCGAGGAGGCAAAGCAAGCAAUAAUUGAGUCCGAGAGAAAGCUGAAAUUCAAAGAAGAAACAGCAGCUGCUGCUAUGACAGCAAGAGACGCAGCUGAGAAAUCAUUGAGAUUGGCAGAUUUAAGGGCGUCUAGGCUGAGGGACAGGGUGGAAGAGCUAACUCAUCAGCUUGAAGAACUUGAUAUCCGGGAUACCUCAAGGACAGGCCUAAGCAGGCCUAGAUAUGUAUGCUGGCCAUGGCAAUGGCUUGGGUUGGACUUCGUAGGUUCCCAACGCUCAGACAUGCAACUAGAGAGUGCCAAUGAAAUGGAGCUUUCUGAACCUCUUCUCUGA